AUGAUGGCGGCGGCGACCCCGCGGCUGCGGCCGCUGCUCCGCGCCCUCACAAUUCAGGUUUCGGGGUCCCCUGUGGAGCUGCGGAGGCGCCCCCGGAUUGGGCCCGGCCGUGAGGGGAGUGGCGAGCGCGGGAGAGCAGAAUGGCUGCACCUGGAGCUGGGGCUGCCCUGCUGGGGGGCCAUCGCCGCAGGCACGGUGGGGGCCCGUCUCCUCCUGCUGCCCCUGGUGCUGCGGGGCCAGCGCGAGGCCGCCCGCCUCUCCCGCCACCUCCCGCAGCUCCAGCGCCUCUCCCGGCGCCUGGCCGAGGCGCGCCGCGGCGCCGACGCCAACCAGGUGGCCGUGGCUUACUCGGAGCUGGUGUCGUACCAGCGGCGCCACGACGUGAAUCCGCUCCGGGGUUUCCUGGUGCCCCUCGUGCAGACCCCCCUUUUUGUCUCUUUUUUCCUGGCUCUGCAGGGGAUGGCGGCGGCGCCGGUGCCGUGGUUCCUGCAGGGGGGGAUGGGCUGGUUCCCGAAUUUGGCGGCCCCCGACCCCCUGUACGUGCUGCCCGUGCUGGUCACAGCCUCCACCUGGCUCGUCCUGGAGCUGGGGGCCGAGACGGGCGUGGCCGCGCCGGGGGCGGGGCCUGUCCGUCAAAUCCUGAGGUUCCUCCCCCUCGUCUUCCUGCCCUUCAUCAUCCACUUCCCCACCGCCGUCUUCACCUAUUGGCUGACGUCCAACGGCUUCAGCCUAUUGCAGACGGGGCUGCUGCGAGUCCCCGCCCUCCGCGCCAAAAUGGGCGUGGCCCCGCCCCUGGCCACGCCCCCGGCCCCGCCCACCGGCCCCGCCCCACGGGCCAAGGCGGGAAUCCUGCAGCAGCUGCGGAAAGAGUGGCGCGAGGCCCAGGCCACGCAGGAGGCCGAGCAGCGCCGCUGGCGCCUCAGGAACCACCUCGACCUCGCCGCCAAAGGCCCGCUCCGACAAACCUUCGCCAAAAACCCCCUCCCCCCACCCUCCACCGCCCCGGCCGCGCCCUCAGAAACCCCGAAAAGACCCUGGAAAAACACCUUGGGAUGACGGAGGGGACCCCAAAAAUAAAAACCGCGC